UGUUUGACGUGGUUUAGCUUUACAUUCGUGGUAAUAUUUUCAAAUAUUAAAAUGUAAUUAUAUUAAAAAAUACAACCAAAAUGAGUUUACAAUGGUAUAAUUUAUGCUCAAUUUGAAUAUCCACAAAAUAGCAACAAAAUGAGCUCUACAAAGGAAAUCCUGAUUAAAAUAGAGGAAGCAGAAGGCAGUAAUGGACAAACCAAGAAAUCGGAAAUUAAUAUUUUAUGCCUUGAUAUAACAUCUUUCAGUCCUAUAUUACAAUUUGCAACAUGCGCUUUUUUUGUUUUUGUGUGCUAUUUAGCAUAUGGAUAUUUCUUAGAGUUGAUAUUCUCUGUACCUGAGGUAAAGCCAGUGAGCUUGUAUAUAACAUUAAUACAAUUUAUAAUAACAAUGACUCUUAGUUUCAUGGAAUCACUUAUAAGAAAUCCUGCUAAAAGAAAGGUACCAAUAAGAACUUAUGCUAUUUUAGCAGCUCUUACACUGGGUACUAUGGCAUUUUCCAAUCUAGCGCUAAGUUAUCUUAACUACCCAACUCAGUUGAUAUUUAAGAGCUGUAAGCUCAUACCUGUGAUGAUUGGCAGUAUUAUUAUAUUGGGCAAGAGAUACGGGCUACUGGACUAUGUGGCCGCUGUCAUUAUGUGUAUAGGGCUGACUAUGUUUACUUUGGCUGACUCAGAAACAUCUCCCAACUUUAAUAUAAUUGGAGUGCUAGUGAUUUCCCUAGCGUUACUGUGCGAUGCGAUCAUCGGCAAUCUUCAAGAGAAAGCUAUGAAACAGUUCCAUGCUACUAACAAUGAAGUAGUGUUCUACUCAUAUUUGAUAGCUUGUUUCUAUCUGUUAGUAAUAACUUGCUUUAGCGGUGUAUUGACUGAUGGAUUUGUUUAUUGUGCUCAGAACCCUUCAACAAUGUACUUGAACAUAUUCUUGCUUAGUGUGAGCGGCUAUAUGGGUUUACAAGCUGUUCUGACGUUGGUGAGGAUCUGCGGCGCCACUGUCGCGGUCACAGUCACCACUAUGAGAAAAGCGCUCUCAAUUGUUAUAUCGUUCCUACUUUUCAGCAAGCCUUUUGUUUUCCAAUACGCCUGGUCCGGUAUGUUGGUAGCAUUGGCUAUAUACUUGAACCAUUACAGCAAGAAGAAUCCGCAUUAUGUUCCCGCGCCAAUACUGUCAUGUUGGCACUACAUGCAAUCUUACUACCAGUCCGAGUAUAGGUAUCUUAGGAUUAAGAGCAAAAUGUACGCCGAUACAGUUUAAUAGGACACAAAAAAUAUUUAGACAAUUAAUGAUAUAUGGUUAAUACAUUAAUAACAAGUAUAUUGUUAAGAUCUUUAAAGGUGCAUUCAAAGUAUCCUCUAUUACAAUCCUCGCGAUAACAGCGCAGCGCUAUUAAAUUUAUAUAAAUUUAUUAACCAUUAAUAAACUAAAUCCUGCAAUCGCGACAGUAAAAUUGAAAGUUUUUUUCUUCGAAUUCAUAAUACAGCAGUAGUAGUGCCAAUUCUGCGUCUAUUGUGAGAUUAUCUACCUACGUUUACUUAUUCGAUCGCGUGAAAACUAACUAAGAUUUGUAUGGAAUCGAAAGAGCGCCAUCUAGUUACAAUACUGGGAAUCGGUGUUGGAACACAAAUAUUUAAACUGCACUAAAGUGACAGGUCGAAAAGAAGAGCUGACCUUUUCAUCAAGACACACUGAAAGAGUAACCCUACAUUUAGACCUGUUAAUCUAGUUUACCUUGGAGAUUUGUGCAUAACCGUCUGUAACGGAAAUUGGCAACAUUUACCAUGCCAGAAGUUGACAUUACAGAUUAGGUAGAAAGUCUAAUGAGAAGUUUUAUCUCGACAUUGUUUAUCCACGCGGCUUAUACAGGUUUAUUUGAAUGCAUAAUUGAACCCUUAUUAUUAAUAAACGUGGCAUAACUUUAGAAAAUUUAUGCAGUGCUUUUGUCAGUGUUUGCAAAUAUCAGAAUGUGACAAAGCACAUUUAAUAAUAAAAGGGUAGUAACAAUUU